AAUUUUGAUGUGGACUCCGGAACGAGAGAGACACUUCCUGGUACAACCCUUGAAAGUCGCUUUUCAAUUGCGUCUUUGAAGUUUAGCUAGUUGAGUGCCUUUGAGGAAACAGCACGAAGUUCAGAACUUAAAAGAUUUCGGGUUCAGACCAGUUUGAUUAGCUCUGCUCAAGACUGCCAACAUUUUUAUCGAACUGCUUCUCUGCGAUUUAAAAAAACGGUCUACACCAGGACAUAUGAACACAGAAUUCAACAAUGACAGAUUCAAGAAGAUCGCAGCGCAAAAUAUCCACAACUGGAGACAGCUUAUACAAAACAUUAGGCUUGGAGAAGGGAGCUUCAGCUGAGGACAUUAAAAAAGCUUACAGGAAACUUGCACUCCGAUAUCACCCAGACAAGAACCCAGAUAACCCUCAAGCUGCAGAAAAGUUCAAAGAAAUAAACAAUGCCAACUCCAUUCUUAACGAUGAGAACAAACGACAAAUUUAUGAUCAGUAUGGAUCCAUGGGCCUCUAUGUUGCUGACCAGUUUGGGGAAGAGAGUGUUAAAUACCACUUCCUCAUGUCAAAGUGCUGGUUCAAGACCCUUUUCAUUUGUGCUAUGAUCUUCACCUGCUGCUGCUGUUUCUGCUGCUGCUGUUUCUGCUGUGGGAAGUGUGGGAAGGAUGAAGAGGAGGAGGAGUAUUAUGUCGACCCAGAGCAGCUGGAAGCACAAAUGUUCGAGGAGCAAAACAGAGGCAGUGAACCCAUAAUAGGACAACCGAUUCCCUCUGCAGCUCCAAGAAAUGCAGAUGGAAAUGUAAUCAUUGGCAUGCCCGUCACUAGUUCAAACAUCAACUCAGAAACAGGUGGAGGCACAGCCAUAAUCAUACAGCCAUAAUCACACAGCCAGCUGCUUCAAGGAGCAUGGUUGGCCUUUCACCUGUGAACAGAACUCAUGACUAAGAAGACUCGCUUGUCUCAAUUUUUGCUCUACCAUCAGUAAGGUGGAAACUUCAAACUCAGCACAGUGCUUGUGGAAAUGGCCCCUAACCAGUCAGUCAGUGUGCAUGAUGUAGUAAAGGUAAUUUGUCAGUCUAGAAUGUGACAUACAUGUAAAUGAAACAAAAAUGUAUACUUUUACUGUUGUGACAGUUCUUCAACAGACAUUUAUUUAAAGUGACUGAGAGACAAAGGUGUUGGACCAGUUGCUUUCUGAUAACAUAAAUAUGCUGUCUUCCCUACUGUAUAUGAGGGGGGGGGGAAAUCCAUUGUAAUGACAUUCAUUUUAGCAUCUCAACAGUAACAUAGAUUCUGAUGUGAUUUCUUUGCCCUUUUUUUUUCCUUUCAAAAUAUUUUGACUCUGGUUUAUAUUUAUUAUGGACUGAUAUACCUUUUUGUUAAAUUGCAUAAACCUUGUUAGGAACUUAUGGAUUAGAGCUGUUUUAGUGCAUUUGAAUUGGUAAUUGUGAAAAUCUGCCUGAAAAUGUACUGUGAAACAAUAUUGGUAUUUCCAUGCACAUAUGUUUUAUGUAAGUUGUAUUUUUCUAAGAAUUAACUGCCAAUUUGCAUCAAAUUUGUGUCUGGAUUGAUGAGAUACUAGAACAUUAUGGCCUUGUUCAUACAGUAUUUUUAAAUAGGUUUUGUGGGUAUUGUAGUGUCAAGUCAGUUGUAAAACUUUCAUGGCUCAGGGAUCUCUGACUUUGUUGAUUUAUAUAUGACAAACAAUAGCAUAUAAAAAUGUUUCACACAUACAAAGAGGCUUUUGCAAUACUGCUUUAGUGACCAUUUUUUUGUUUGUAUAUUUAAAUAUUUUUCAGCUGAAUUAGAAAGUGAUUAAAAUACAUUUUAUUUUUUUAAAUCAUAUCUUGUGAUAAUUUUUUUUAAGGUGAACUUAAAAACUGAUUUUCUGUAUAUCUUUUGCUCUUCUGUGUGAAUGUUUGUUUGUUUUUGACAAUCCAUUAGGACUUUAAUGUUAAGCUGGAAGAAUCAUAAAGUAUGUUUUGCUUGUAGCUGAAUCUAUCAAUAAUUACAUGGUGUCACCUUGGCAAUAUGCUACAACAUGGCUUUCUUUUGUCUGGGUUGUCUUUCAGAAAUUACAUGUCCUGAUAAUCUUUAUACAUUGUAGCAUCAUGAUCAACCAUAUUUCACUGCUGACACAAUAUGGCAAGAGGAGGGUAAAGAUCCUUCUCAGCAACAGUGUUGGUUUGUUUUGGGGUUUUUCACCCAUUAAGAGCUGCUCACAGCAAGCGUAACCAGUUUCUGGUGGCAGGCUAGACCAUUUUCCAUCUUUACAUUUUAUAUAUAUUAAAAGCUAAUUGGAAAUAUUGAGCUCAGGGUAAGGAGUCAUUGUCUGGCUAUCCAUUGGUGUUUAUUCAGACAUAUUGUAUAAUGAAACUCAGCAGUUUCCAUGAUAAACUGGUUUGCAUGGUUUGAAAAGCACUUGAUUUAUCAGGGAGGGAAAUACCCAAGAAGAGAAAGCUGAGUAAGUUGUUCAAUGUCAAAUUCAGAGUUAUUUUCCAAUAUUUGGAUAUCCCCAACGCAAGCAUCCAAAACCCUGAUACUCAGGUGGCACCGAUCAUGUGGGACAUUAACGCAUUAACCACUAUCAGCUACUUUGUUGCUAUUCCCAGGAAAAAGAGUACGCAUGACAUUUCUUGUUUGCAUAGAACUAUAGUUUUGUUGAUGUGAAUUUUACAGGUUACAUUUUUAUGUGCUAUUGCAUGUUGGAUUUGUCACAUCUACUCAUUCCCAUGCAGGCCUCCAGGCAUGCAUACCUUAAAUGUGCUGUUCUGUUAAUUUUAUCCAGAGAUUUUGUAUGGCCUUUUGUCAUGUUGUCCAUUUGGUCUGUAACUACUGUGCUAGUUCCCAUCACUAUCCAGAGAAAGAAAUGACUAU